UUAAGAGGUUAGGCCGGGAAGAGGCGCAAACUUGAGUACACGGUCGCCGGACACCGAGACGUCCGGGACUGGGUCUCACAAAUCCUCUAUUGUUAUCGCGGUUUAACUUGUCCGGAUGCGGUGUCACUGAGUUCCCAGAGUUCCUAAGAACCCAACAAACAAUGGAGAUUUUAGACAUUUCCAACAACAAGAUUAAUGGUCAAGUACCUGGCUGGUUAUGGACGCUACCAACUUUGGACUACGUGAAUCUUUCCAACAACACUUUCACCGGUUUCCAAAGAUUAAUGGUACCUUCAUCCUGGCAACCAUCUAUGAAUUAUUUUUCUGGCGCCAACAACAAUUUCACGGGAAAUCUUCCAGCUUUCAUAUGUGCAUUGCGCUCUCUAGCAAUGAUUUAUGUGACAACAAAUUCAAUGGUUCAAUCCCACGUUGCAUGGGAAAUUUCAGUAGUACUCUUCAAGCUCUACAUCUAAGAAAGAAUCAUCUUAGUGGAGUUUUUCCAGAGAAUAUAUCUGAAAGUUUAAAGUCGCUUGACGUCGGUCAUAACCAACUAGUGGGAAAGCUUCCAAGAUCUUUGGUUCGUAUCUCUUCUCUUGAAGUUCUUAAUGUGGAAAACAACAAAAUAAAUGAUACAUUUCCUUUCUGGUUGAGUUCUCUAGAAGAGCUACAAGUUCUUGUCCUUCGUUCAAAUGCAUUCCAUGGACCGAUGCAACAAACCAGGUUUCCUAACUUGCGAAUCAUCGACGUAUCCCAUAACCACUUCAACGGAACUUUGCCAUCAGAUUUCUUUGUAAAUUGGACGGUAAUGUUUUUACUUGGAGAAAAUGAAGAUCAGUUUAAUGGAGAGUACAUGGGUACAAGCUAUUACAGUGAUUCAAUAGUUGUGAUGAAUAAAGGCCUAGAAAUGGAGAUGGUACGUAUCCUAAAAAUCUUUACAUCAGUAGACUUUUCGAGAAACAAAUUUGAAGGAGAGAUUCCAAAGUCCAUUGGUCUAUUAAAAGAGCUUCAUGUGCUCAACUUGUCAAGCAAUACUUUCACUGGCCACAUCCCAUCUUCAAUGGGAAAACUAAGAGAGCUCGAAUCACUAGAUGUUGCUCAAAACAAGCUUUCAGGAGACAUUCCACAAGACCUAGGGGAUCUCUCAUACCUUGCGUACAUGAACUUCUCCCAUAACCAGCUUGUGGGUCCAUUACCAGGGGGCACUCAGUUUCUAACACAGAAUUGCUCUUCUUUCGAGGAGAAUGCAGGACAUUUUGGCCCUUCACUUGAGAAAGUUUGUGAUAUCCAUGGGAAAACAAUGCAAGAGUCCGAAAUGCCAGGAUCAGAAGAAGAUGAAGAAGAGGUGAUAAGUUGGAUAGCAGCUACAAUUGGAUUCAUACCUGGUAUUGCCUUUGGAUUGAUGAUGGGAUACAUAUUGGUUUGCUACAAACCAGAGUGGUUCAUGAACGUUUUUGGCAAAAACAAAAGCAGAAGCACAAGCAGCACAACUCGUUAAUGAAAGAGUAUCUUCAACCCAAGCUGAAGAAUCAUUGAAGAAGAAGAUAAAAGCAACCACAUCAGACGAUAUGUAGAGAUUAGAGAAAGAAGCGUGGAAAAAAAGAAAUCUAAUUACAAAUAUUAUCAUGGUUAAAAUUUUAGUUGUUGUGAAUUUCUGUUAUAUGUUCUCUCCUCAUAUUUAUUUAUAUAUCCAUGUUUUCAGUAAAAAGAUUAGUUGAUUUCACAUUUA